AUGAAAUUAGAUUUUGGAACCCAAAUGAUUUUCUUUUCACCAGAAGGUUUUCGAUGUGUAACGUGGUCUCCUAUUGGUUGCUCAUCCUGUAGUGGCUGUUUAUUGGCUGUAAUUACGACACAUUAUUAUGUCGCAAUAUAUGGUCCAAAGAUUGGGUCUUACCCGAAACAAUGGGUUGAGAUUGUAAAUUUAUCUCAAUUAUUAAUUGAAAAUUUAUCCGAUGACGAUAUUCAACUAAAAAAUAAGGAUGACACUUUUGAAAAAGCAUCGGACGAAAUGUUAUCAACGUCCAUUGCUUGGACAUCACAAUGUUUUCCUUCUGGACGUGAUCCUUUUUCAAUUAUUGCUGUAGGGAGUAAAGCUGGUACUAUAACAUUAUGGAGAAGCUACAAAAACAAUAUUGAACUUAUUCACAAAUUUAAGGCACACGGAACCUGGGUAGUGUCGAUGAGUUGGUCACUUUGGAUAGAACUCGAUGCCUGCACCUAUGCAAUUAACUUGGUCACAGGAUGUGUUGAUGGUUCAGUGAAUUUAUGGAAAAUAUUAUUUUCGUUGCCAAUUUCAAACGAAGAAAGCGACAGCGAUUCGAUAAACACUAUAAAAGUUUCAUUUGAACUUCAAAAACCAUUGCUCACCGCAGAUUCACUUAAUGAUAACGUCGAUCGAUUAGCAUUUGCAAGAGGAAACAAAUUAUACGUCUUGAAUGCGCCAUCUCCAUUUUUGCUAAAUAUUGAUAAAUGUAUUUGUCUAGAGAAUUCAUUUUCGUUGUCGAUGUCUAUUACAGGAAUGAUUUGGAAUUACAAUACAAGUCAAUUACGCGUUUUCUCUGUUGAUGGAAAGCAUUGGACAUUUGAUAUAUCAGAGGAUUCUGUGUCUAUUAAUCAAGAUGUGACGGAUUCUGUAAGUCAAAUGGUCGAUGAUAUUUGCCUUGAUCAGAUUAACAAUGAUGAAGUAUUAGACCAAGAUGAGAAGGAGGCUGAGGAAGAUGAAGAUGUAGGGGAAAGAAAACCAUUAUUUUAUGGUGUUGAUGCGUCAGCAAAUGUUCGAGAAAAAUCUCCAGUAUAUCGGUUUUGGGAUAUACUCGAAUACUCCGAUGCAGAAAGACAGUACAAUGAUCAAGAUUCUUUUUUCAAUUGUUUAUUGAAAGCAUGUAAUGACGUUUAUAACGAUGCGUCUGGGAAAUCUACAAUUUUGGAAGAGAAACAUUUUCAAUUUAAACCGGUGUAUCUUUAUGAAACUAAUAAGCUAGUAGACGCUAUAUCUCAAAAUUGGAGAAAUGGUCUCUAUAUCGAUGUUUCAUUAAAUGCGCGCCGUAUAAAUACCUAUUUAUAUAGCAGUAUAGAGAAAAUUAGUGAAAUACAAGAUUAUAUUACUGUUUUCGAAAAGUCACUGAUUCGCCAAGUAUUAAGUACUAUGGAAACAUGUAUACAAAAUGGAAUUGGAAUUGAGAAUAAGCAGGAUCAAUUGUUUAUAUUGAAUCUAUGCGAUAGGGCAUUAUUGCGUUAUAAGGAAGAUUUGACAUUGGUCGCAUUGACAGAUGUUGCAUAUACAUAUCUAAGUAGAAUGGAUGAUUGGGAUGUAAGAGAAGAAAGGAAUCUGUUGCAUGCGUCUGAUUCUCUUGUCGAUACCGAUAAGUUAAAGUUAUCUAUGAGAGAACCUUGUCGAAUCUGUGGAAAUAAUAUCCUUUUUUUCCUUAUUAAACAACAUAGUCUCGCUUUCUAA